GACGAUGGAGGAGCCGCAGCGCGGCCGCUCGCACACCGUCACCACGACUACCAGCUCCUUCGCCGAGAACUUCUCCACCACCAGCAGCAGCUUCGCUUACGACCGCGAGUUCCUCCGCACCGCGCCGGGGCUCCUCAUCGUGGCCGAGAUCGUCCUAGGACUGCUUGUAUGGACACUGAUCGCCGGCACCGAGUACUUCCGGGUCCCAGCGUUCGGCUGGGUCAUGUUUGUCGCUGUGUUUUACUGGGUGCUCACCGUCUUCUUCCUCAUCCUCUACAUAACCAUGACCUACACCAGGAUUCCCCAGGUGCCCUGGACCACAGUGGGCCUGUGCUUUAACAGCAGUGCCUUCAUCUUAUACCUCUCGGCCGCCGUCGUUGAUGCCUCGUCUGUCUCCCCGGAGAGGGACAGUCACAACUUCAACAGCUGGGCUGCCUCAUCGUUCUUUGCCUUCCUGGUCACCAUCUGCUACGCCGGAAACGCCUAUUUCAGUUUUAUAGCGUGGAGAUCCAGGACUGCGCAGUGAUGGGCCGUGUGGAUACAUGAAAAGGAAAAGAAGAAAGGUCCUCACUGUCCCAGCAGCUGUAGGUAUGAUGUACAGUAUUCCUAGAGAACUGUAUUUAAUGAACGUUUUUAUAUACUGAGCUCAGCUGGCCGGCCGUGGCUGGUUUACGAGUACACUGGAUCCUGAUUUGCAGAACGCUGCAGUCUCAUGCAUUCACCCGUUCGGUGUCUUUUCUGAUGUCUUCGCGCAGAGUAUUUUCGUAGACCGUGUACAGAUAGAUAUGUUGCUAAUAUGCAGAAUGUGACAUGUUUGUAAACCUAACUCUUCACAUGCCAGAUUUGCUUUUGUGAUUAAAUGUUGCAAAAUCCCUAGCCUGUGUCGUGUGUGAUGGGAGGAAGGAGACCCGGCUGCCGGACACUGCGGGUGUCUCCAUCUUGGUCACAGGUGUGCAGGUACCUAGCAUGCUGUCACAGAGUGGGUGAAUGGGUGGGCACAGCCCCAAGGCUGGGCGGCCGGAAGCAUCAGCUCACUCAGCUGGAGGGGCUCAGGGUCAUUGCUUUGCCCCGGUCGGCAUCGAGGCCCGGGAAAGCCCCUACUGAGACCUGGCCAUGGAGAUUGUUCAUGAGGUCACAGCUCCUGAAAGCGAUGCCAAAUGUGCUCAUGGUUUCUCUGACAUAUUUUAAAACAGGGUAGGCUGGGCUGAUGUGUUGACUCAACAGGCUAAUUCUAUACCUGUAAGAACUGGCACCCG